AUGAAAACGGUUAAUGUGUUAGUGAUUCAUUCACAUUCAGGGGGAUAUCGAACUUGGGACUACAUCUCUGAAAAUUGGAGAACGUUUGGACGAGUAAGAGUGAAAAUGACAUUCAAGAAAUUUGUGACAAAAGACAUUCUGGAAAGUUGUAACCCGGACGUACUUGUACUUGGGGAUUGCGCUGGUGCGCCGUAUCAGUUCAAAGACGAGGAGAUGUCCGCGAUAGAGAACUUCUUAGAGAAACACGUAGAGAAACAUUUGUUGGGGACAUACGCUCUCUUCUAUCACCGAGAAGGGACAGAAGGGAGAAUGCACGUCUACGACAAUAGAAGACUCUGCGAGUUGUUUGGGAUCAGAAGAGGAACGGAAUUUGGAACAAAGAGACUUACUGACAAGCCAACGUAUCAAAUAGUCGAACAACACCCACUCAUUUGGAAAUGUAUCAUGCAACCAUACACGUCGAGAGGAUACUCGUCUACACAAAUCCCGAAAAACCAGAAGUGGCUUGAAUAUGGGCAGAGUAGAAGCGAUGUGAUGACGGAUAACACUUCCGUCCUUGCAAGAAGUCUGGAUGGCUUUUGUGUUGUACUCAAUCAUGUCACUGAUAAAUACUCGUCGUUGUAUAUCAGUCACAUGCCUGAAUAUGAGUCCUUGGUCGGGUCAAAUGUCGACGCUCAAUUUUUGUAUAACUGCAUCGUGUUCUUGGUAUCCCAAAAUGUGAAUACAACGUUGUCUGAUUUGUGUUGUAAGUGCCUUGUCGAGAGGAAAAGGGCAUAUCAAGGAUUACCUUUUGCUUUGUCAUUAAAAUUGAAAAGGAUGAGAGACGAGGUUGAACAGUGA